CAAGCACACAGAAAAACUCCUGGUGAAGCAACUGAGAUCCACGUUACAUACUUUUAUAAAUAUGGCGUUUAUUAAAGAGGAGAUUGAAGAUGUGAAUAUUGAAGAAGUUUUCAGAGUGAAACAAGAAGAUACUGCUGAACAAACAGACCUGAUGCUACUGAAAGAGAGUGAAGUACUGAAUAUAAACAAAGAAAAAGAUCAGUAUGAGAAACAUAAUGAUUUCAUGACUGCCGAAAAUUCCUCUCUGACUGAAAAAACUUCCUCACAAAAAAGAGCUCAGACGACUGAAUCCAACAGUUGUUUCACAUGCUUUAAGUGUGAAAAGAAUUUCAAUCAACAUGAAGACUUUAAAGUCCAUAUGAGAAUUCACAAUGGAGAGCCUUAUACCUGCCAAUACUGUGGAAAAGAUUUCCCUAAAAAUGCACCCCUUAAAAGCCACAUGAGAGUUCACACUGGAGAGAAGCCUUUCACCUGCCAACAGUGUGGAAGAAGUUUUGCUCAAAAAUCAACCCUUACCAGGCACAUGAGAAUUCAUACUGGAGAGAAACCUUACACCUGCAAACUGUGUGGAAAAAGCUUUUCAGCAAAAGUAAACCUUACGUAUCACAUGUACAGUCACACUGGAGUAAAGCCGUUCACAUGUGAUCAGUGUGGAAAGAGAUUCAGACGCAAGAAUAACCUUGAGAGCCACAUGAGAGUUCAUUCAAGAGAGAACUGUUUUAUAUGUCAUGAGUGUGGAAGGAGUUUCAGAUUUAAAGAAAGUCUUAAGACUCACAUCAGACUUCACACUGGAGAGAAGCCUUACACAUGUGAUCAGUGCGGAAAGAGUUUCAAAUAUAAAGCAACCUUUAAUGCCCAUAUGAGAAGUCACACUGGAGAGAACCCAUACACGUGCAAACUUUGCGGGAAUAGCUUCUCACAAAAAGGAAAUCUUAAAACUCACAUGAGAAUUCACACCGGUGAGAAACCAUUCAAAUGCGUUCGGUGUGGAAAAUCUUUCACGCGUAAAGAAUCUCUUAAUUACCACCUGAGGGUUCAGGUGCUCUUCGGUCAUUUCUGACCGAAGAAUUUUGCGUUUUGAAUUAUUAAAAAUCACUGCUUCAUCGGAACGUUACGAAACUUGGGGACUUUUGUGGCAUUUGGGGUGUGAACACACAAAAAAAUUGACGACAUGAUUCGAGCAUGCUAAGUGGUCGUGAAAAAAAUAGUAACACUGGUGUUCUUCGGUCAAAAAUGA